UUCUCUUUCGUUCUUCACCAAAUUAAGAAGGCAGAGAUCAAACAAUGGCAGGAGAGCAAGCUAAUAUUGUUAUUCCAAGUUCUAUCAGUGGUCCUUCUCCCUUGAAGAUCAAGAAGAAGAAGAAGAGAAGUUUACCAGGAACACCGGAUCCUGAAGCGGAGGUGAUAGCAUUGUCACCGGCGACGCUGCUGGCGACAAACAGAUACGUGUGCGAGAUGUGCGGGAAGGGGUUUCAGCGGGAGCAGAACUUGCAGCUGCACCGGCGAGGGCACAACUUGCCGUGGAAACUCCGGCAGAGAGAGGAGGCGGAGCGGCGGAAGCGGGUGUACGUGUGCCCGGAGCGGAGCUGCGUCCACCACCACCCUUCGCGGGCUCUCGGCGAUCUCACCGGCAUGAAGAAGCACUUCUGCCGGAAGCACGGCCACGAGAAGCGGUGGAGGUGCCACAAGUGCGGCAAGCGCUACGCCGUGCAGUCGGACUGCAAGGCGCAUGCCAAGACCUGCGGCACACGCGAGUACCGCUGCCACUGUGGUACCUUCUUCGCCAGGAAGGAUAGUUUCACGACCCACAGGGCCUUCUGUGAUGUCUUGGCCUUGGAGACAGCGAGAGCAGCAGCCUCAAACAUGAGCAGCUUGACUAAUUCCUUCUGCAACUUCAGGGAAAGUUUGAUGAGUGCAAACAUGGAGCAGACCUACACUUCCAUACUCAAGCCCUCGAAUGGUGAACCAGACCUUCAGGGAAGCAGCACUAGUGCUUUCAUAUCGUACUACUCAAAUGCUGGGCUUCAAUUGAAUUGGAUUCCAUCUCUCUUCAGCAAUCAGCAUCAACACGAAGAAAUAGUGAUUCCACAUGAAAUGUCUGGUUUGUUGCAGAAAGGUGCGCAAAUUGGUGCCACUACUGCUUUACUGGGCGGGUUUGAGAUGAAGAGCCUGAACAGUGGCAUCCAGUUUCUGAACAAAUAUGAAGGUGGUUUGGUAGAGAUGAAUUCAUCAAGCUUCGAGAUUAAUGGCACAAUGGACAGAGAUGCUGAUGAGAUAAUGCGAGGGGAAGAGUUGACCAGAGAUUUCUUUGGCGCUGAUGCUCCAGCCAUUUGUGCAUCAUCAUUGAAUGGCUGGACCAGAGUUGGAAAUUGAAAAAAAAUGGACAGCUAAAAAGUUGCAUGCAUGAAGCAGUGGAGCAUCCACGCAUGCAUAUUCUUAGGAAUCACAAAAAGGUACCUGUAGACUGUGCUGAUGCCUUUGUUCUGUGAAAAAAAACAAAAGAAAAAAAAAAAGGAAAUGAUGGGGAGGCAAAGGGUAGUUUUCUU